AUGAAGCAGUUCUGUGUGUUGUUCGCCGUCCUGGCCGUGGCCGUUGCCGCCCCACCACCCACCGAAACCGAUGGAUUACUAUCCUCCGCCCUGAAGUUCGUGCGGGACUGUGGCGAUAGGUCGAUUGUGCUGUGCGCUAAGGAGCGUGCACUACGCCUAGCUGACGUCGCCGAGGGCGAUUACGAGAUCACCGACGGUAUCAAGUUCGUCCAGACCGAAAAGAACGUCCAGAAGGGCCGCUCCCUCAACGACAUCUCCCUGCCCACCGAACCGGAAGCCCGCGAAUCCGAGAUCGAUGGACUGCUCGUCGAACGUGCCGCCCGUUUCCUUGGCACCCACACCCUCCAGUUCCAGGUACCGAAGGAAUCGAUCGAGGACAUGCAGCGCUCGCUGGAUGAAGCUCGUGGCAAGAAGAAGAAGGUCAAGAAGCUGCUCCUCCCUCUGCUCCUCCUCCUCAAGUUGAAGGCCGCCGCUCUGCUCCCGCUCGCCCUCGGUGCCCUGGCCCUGAUCGCCUUCAAGGCUCUGAUCGUCGGCAAGAUCGCGCUCAUCCUGUCCGCCAUCAUCGCCCUCAAGAAGCUGUUCGACAAGAAGGGCGAGCAGAGCUACGAGGUCGUUGCACACCCGCACUACUCGCACUCGAGCUCGUACGACGAUCAUCACGGAUACGCCCGCUCCCUGGACGCCGCCCAGAACCUGGCCUACGGCGCUCACGCUCAGUAA